CAGAAAUUCUGUGAGCACCCAUACUAUGAUACCGGCUACACUUAUAUGGAGCUCAUUUGACGCACUGCUCCGAUAGAUACAUGCCAGCUUGGUCUCUAGCUGCUCCACAGUGGACUUAUCCAUCGACCUCAAGCACUGUGUCCUUCGCUUAAAGAUUUCGUUACGGACUCCCCACGACAAAAUGGAAUUACUACCUAUCCAAAACCUUUUAAAGUCUCAAAUUGCACUCCGACAAAAUGAUAUAAUCUCAGCUACACAACUUCUGGUAGCAGCAGGCUCUCCCAACCCUCCAGGAGACACAACUCGUGUCGCAGAAGCUGCCACGCAUCUUCUCACGAAGAUUCCCGAGAUUGAGAUCAUACAACACGAGACAGCACCAGGCAUCGUUAACCUUGUAGCUCGAAUAUCAAGUGGUCGUCCCGGUCAACGACUUGUCUUCAAUGGACACUUGGAUACUUACCCAAUUUGUGAACAUCUGAAUUGGACUGUUCCGCCUCUAGAUGGAAUCCUCAAAGACGAGAAGAUUUAUGGAAGAGGAGCAUCAGAUAUGAAAGGAGGCAUCGCAGCAUCAAUUGUCACCGCUACUGUGCUAGCUGAGCAUAAACACUUGUGGUCCGGUGAGAUUGUGAUCACUCUCGCUGGAGAUGAGGAGAGUAUGGGUCCGUUGGGCACAGGAUGGCUCCUCGAAAACGUCGACAUUGCCAAGGGUGAUUUUAUGAUAUGUGGAGAUGUUGGUUCGCCCAACAUUAUUCGAUUCGGUGAGAAGGGCUUCUGCUGGUUCGAAAUUACAGCUACUGGGAUUUCCGCGCAUGGUGCACAUGUCCACAAAGGCAUCAAUGCUAUCGAUCGACUACGGAAAGCUUUGAAUUCUGUAGACCUACUUGAGAACUUGGUGGUGCAAGCGCCGCCGGAGAUCGAGGAAGCUAUCGAGGAAGCGACGAAGGUGUCAGAAACUACAUGCGGACACGGAGAGUCGCAUACAUUACAGCAUGUUACUGUCAACAUUGGCACAAUCACAGGUGGAACCCUGCUCAACUUGAUGCCCAGCCAGGCAUCAGCCCAAGGAGAUAUACGACUGCCUAUUGGAAUAUCAGUUUCUCAGGUCUUAGAGCAUCUCCACCAGCACCUUGAUACUAUGGCUGGAGUGACUUGGCGCAUUAUUCGGAGCCAUGAGCCAACGUACACCGCUCCUGCUCAUCCUCUCGUUCAAUCUGCACUUUUGGCAUCUCGACAGAUCUUGGGGAAGGAUUCAAGCUCUAUGGUGAAUAUGCGAGUUGGAGCAUCAGAUUCGAGGCUAUACCGAGCCACCGGUGUCCCAAGUGUUGUUUUGGGUUGUACUGGAUAUGGUCUGGGGGCGGCAGAUGAAUAUGCCACGAUUGGUGAACUUGUCAACAUGGCUCAAAUACAUGCUUUAAUCGCCUAUGAUCUUCUCAAGCCGCAGUAGAUCGAUUCUCAUUACAGCAGGCUAGAAAAUCGGCACUUGAGCAUGGAUAUCAAGGGUGUCUUCAUAGGGAGGAAAGAGGUAUUCUUCAUGCUACCCGUUAUAAGAGACUCAACAUGUACGAUUUCGAGUCUCUCCCAAGAAUAAAGCCAAUUGAUCUGCUUUUUUCUGCACCAGCUUGAUUGGCAGAGUCCCACGUCGGGAUACUACUUCUAGCCGCGGGACCGCCUGCACUGGGUUGCGGACUGGCAGGAUGAAGAGCCGGCGGUGAGGCUGCACGAUUGUAUUGGUGGCGUGCUGACAUGCCUACAUCAUCUGCAGCUCGGAUUCGCUUUACCCCUCAGCAUUGGUAACCACCCUUUCUACCAAUCGAUAAGCCAGGUACAAAAAGAACCAAACCACAGCUCUGGUAUCAGUACCAGCUGAAUGGGAC